UCUCUUUCUCUUACUUUUUCCCUCCCUCACCAAUCUCGAUUCUUCACAAGCAUACAGUCUGCCUUGUACGUUUCACCACCAACUAUCUUCAUCUUUCUUUAUAUUAAACUCUCUUUUGCUUACUUGUUUAUUUGCUCGACCAACUCACAGCUUAUUUUCUUCCUCUACUACCAUGUUAUACUUAUUGCUUUCUCCUUUUCUUAGCAUUUGGCCAAUACCUCCUUCUUUCUUCUUAAUACUUUCAUCUCUGUUCUGACCACUCCACAAACAAUUCCCUCUCUAGACCACUUCUCCCUUUUUAUCGCGCUCUCUCGCCUGUUUCUCGUCCCCGUAUAUGUGAAUCGGUGAAUGCACGCGCUACGAAGAGGCCCAACCAGUCGUACUUCUUCAGUGCCGCGCCGGCGUGUUUUAUUUUAUAUUGCUGGACGUGAAUAUUGUAAGCGUGUUAAUAUAGAUAAACCUUUUUAACUAGGAUUUCUAUCACUUGUGGUUAUCUUCUGACAGAUAUGAUUUAAGUGUGAACAAUCAAUUUUAUAUUAAAUAUUGUGCAAUUUAAACACUACCACCCAUUGUGUGACACAUUGUACAUAUAUAGUUUUAUUUUGAAAAAUAUCCAUCAUGCGUGACCGAGUACUGAUAUUGUGUUGAAAAUGAUGUCAAUCUAAUAAAUGAGAUCUUUCUAAUUCUUAGAUUAAACUUGCAUUAUUUGUACAAUAAUAAUAAUCAUUAUUAUUAGUGGAGAAUUUAAAUGAUUCAAAGACACGGACUUGUGCUGGUGUAAGAAUUAAUAAUAAAACAAAGUGGACGAUUGCGUGUCCGAGCAGGUCAUGAUGGAAACCAAGUGGGUCCAUUAUUUUUAGAAUUCUUUAGAGUGUUGGCUAUCAAAAGACGCAUUUUAUUAGUUUAAAUAUUUUAAAAGUUUUUUAAAUAUAAUUUUCAAUCGGUAAAGGAUAAACAGUGUAUCAAACGUCGUUGAAAUAUUUAUAAAUUUCUUACAGUUCAAUUGGGUUGUUUAUUAUGGCCGUAAUCGAUGUACACGUGUCGAAUGCAUCGAGAUGAAAUGGUUGAUCAAGAAGUAAAAGGAAGACUCAAUCGAAAAAGAUUUGACGUCAUUAACCGAAGAUAUAGCAAGAGCACGUCGCAAAAGUCAUCAUAAAAUGGCAACAGCUAUUGCUGAAGAUGAAGACUUGAUUGACUUGGAUGGUAGAGCUUGUGUGUCGACUAUUGUAGUGCCUGAAAUCAAUUCUGAAGAACAAGAGCACCUUCUGGAUGUCUGCCCACCUAAACUAGAACAAAAAUUAUCACUCACUCGUGAACACAAGUUAAUACGAGAGCAUUGUGAUAAUGGAGAUGUCUUGGUAACUCUAGGUCAUGAUCAAGUUGUUCCAGUGCGUAAAAGAAUAGAUGUUGUAUCAUCAGAAACUAUCAAACGGAUUCGUGAUAUUACAAAAAAUUUAGAACCAGUUAUUACUGCUUCCCAACAUUCAGAUAAUGUGGAAAGUGCAAUAAAAUGUAAUAGAAACCGAGUAGAUGGUUCUAGGACGCCACAAGAGUAUUUUCAGAGUUCAGAUGAUCUGACCUUUGAAGCUCAAGCAAUACGUGCCUUCGAUUUCCUGUCUGAAUUGGAUGAUAUCGAUGAUGACAAUCUAGAAGAAAAGAUUGAUGAUCGAGAAGUAAAUAAAGAAAGUCAAGAUUUAAAUGAAUCAAUUACCUCUGAAAAGCCUUUAAUAGUCUCUUAUCCUUUAGAACCGACUUGUUUAAUUCAAAUUAGUCCUAAUAAAUUUCAAGAAGUUGAUAAGAAUAUUAAGAAUCGAGAAAAUUAUGAAAAACAACAAGUAGUUUAUUCUAAAUGUAAUGAAGAAAUUAUCAAGAAUUCUCGAGAUAAUCCAUGUUUCGAUGCUUCAUCCUCAUUAAGAAAACAAUGGCUCGUGUCUGCUGCAAUUGAAAGAACUAAGUCGGUCAACUUUGAUACUCAAUCUCAAUAUACCUCAACAACUGGACAACUGAAGAAAUCAGGGAAGAAACUAGAUAGCAAAUCAUGGAGUGAAGGCUUUGAAAAAACUUCUAGCAUCGUUGAUUAUUGCCAACCUUCGACAUCUGCCGGAAUUACUGCGACUUACAAAUCAAUUUGUUCUAUUGGACAAUCAGAAAUACCAUCAGCAUCUUCAUCAGAGUGCUCUGAAGUAGACUGGUCUUGGGUAGAAGAAUUAGAACGUCAACGAUCUUCAACUUCUCGACCAAAAUUGUCUACUUCUGAAUACGCUCCCACCACUGCAGUUACUGGCACAUCGUCGUCUAAUGCGAGGCUUGCGUUCUCCACGAGUGAACCGAAGGGACCGAGCAUGCGCUCGUUAAGGCCGAGUGAUCGGCUCUCCAAUGGCAGUGUCGCGAUGUCCGUUGACGUGACGGGCAAGCCUGUGGCUUCCACAUUGUCUCAAAAUGAUUUCAAUCAUAGUGACGAUACAUCAACAACUACAACAACAUUUGAAACAGCAUCAAUGCAUAGUGAAGGUACAAGUCAUUCAACAAAUUGCGAUUCAAACAAUGCUGUUGUAAACUCUCCCGCCAGUUCUUGGAUGCGCUCUUCCAUGCGCAGACUUCGACACCUUCGUCUUCCUGAAGCUCAAAGAACUCGAAGAUCAUCUGCAAAUAUUGAAUCAGAUUCAUUGAGACCAGUUUCUGCUCCAAAUUCUCUGCCUGAUAUAGCACUAAUUGCGCCGGAAGUUUUAGCAGCUCACACUAACAGUAGUAAUUCUGAAACAGUCUUAAGACCUUCUAGUGCACCAGUUGUGAGAACAGUAGACAAUACAUCAAGUCCGGGAAUUAUAACACCUCGAAGAGGUCGACGGAACGGAAGAUCUAGGACUAAUAACCGUGCUGAGAGAUUUAGUUGUCAACGUAAUAUCAGUAGAUCAUCAUCAAGAGAUAAUUCUGUUAGUUGUGUUGGUGGCAAUAGUGAUGGUGCUGUGGAAAGUAAUGUAGCAAGGAGAAUUAAUAAUUCUACUCAACAUUCAAAUAAUUCAACUUCAAACACAAGACGUGUUGGCAAUAGACAAACAGGAGAAACAGACCGCGAAAAUGAACGAGGUGAAGAUGAAGAUGAUGACGAAAAUCCUUUGGGUAAAUGGCCUCAUGCACUUAGCCCGGCCUUGGCUUGUCUCGGUUGCACAUUGGGCUUAUUUAAUAUCAGCAGAUUUGCAAUACUUAGUGUUCAAUUUGGAGCUAAUUUCAUAGUACAGUUUUUAGUCUUGUCAUUGGUUCUGGGUAUACCAUUGCUUACAUUUCAUGUGUGCCUCGGUCAACGUCUGUCUGCGGGAGCUGUUGACAUGUGGAGGAUUUCACCUGUCUUUCAUGGCGUUGGUAUUGCAUUACUUGUUGCACAUGCCUUUAUUGGUAUUUACAGUAUUAUUGGAGUUUCGUGGAUGUUUGUUUAUUUUAGAGAUUCUUUUAUUACAAAGCAAGAUAAAUACCGUUGGGCUGAACCCUUUUCACUUUUUCGCGAUGAUAAUAAACCGAAUAACUAUUCAACAUCUUAUAAAUUACACGAAACAGUGCCUGAUUACUUCAGUGGAAUCGUCCUUCAAAGACAUCAUCUGAAUGAACCAGAUCCCGGAGUGGUAACUCUCAAGUUUCAAGUUGCUUUCAAUCUUGCGGUUGUAUGGAUGAUUGUAUUUGUUUCUUUGAGUAAAGGUCUCCGAUCAUAUGGGAAAGUUGUCUAUGUUUUCACUCUAGUACCUGUAUUUGGAACGUUAAUUCUAUGCACAAAGCUUUUGGGAUUAACUCCGCCAGGUACCAUUAACCAAUUGUUUCCAGCUACCGUUUGGGCAGAAUUUUUCAUUAACAGCAAGUCAUGGGUAGCUGCCGCCUCAGAAGUCUUUCUUACUUGGGGUAUUUUGGGAGCCGCUACUAUGCAAAUAGCUGCACAUAACAAGCAUAAACAUCUUCUUCAAAGAGACACGAGUCUUGUGAUCGUGUUAACAAUUGUUGUUCUCUUACUGGCAGCAUUUUUAGCAAACACUUGCGUACAAAUAUUACGGCAUCACGGAUAUAUUUAUACAACUAGUUCAUUUGAAAAAAUCUCAGGAUAUACAUUUAUGCGGCCAACGAAUCAAGCACCACCAGCUGGAUACAGCAACACUGUGGAAAGAUAUAUGUCUCACGUUUCAUUUCUGCUCGGUGAAAGAGCGAUCAAACCUGGAGCAGAUCCCAGUAUAGAGUCAGGUUAUCAGGCCCUUAGACUUUCCACAGAACUCGUGCCUGCAACACUAGCUCUUCUUGGUGCUGAACACGUUUCUCCUUUUUGGGCAGUUUUAUUUUACUUCAUCUUAAUUCUUUUCGGCAUCGCGCAACAGCUGGCUAUAUGGCACUGUGUAAUCACUGGGAUUAUGGCAAUCAACGCAAAAAUGAUGAAACUAUGGGAAACGACGAUUACAUUUUUCAGCUGUGCAUGUGCUUAUAUUCUUGGAUUGCCAAUGGCCACAGAGUUGGGUAUUUAUGUGGUUUACUACUUGGAUUACACAGUUGGAGGAGCUUGGUGGAUAAUAGUAUUAUAUCUGGUACAAGUUGGUGCAGUAUUUGCAGUGAGAGGUCGACCUCACACAGGCGAAGCUGUUGUGGCCGAGUUAUUUCCACCGACAGGCAGAUGUCUUAGGCACUGGGCUGGACCUUUGUUGUCUUUCACUUGGAACGUGAUUCUACCAAUUACAUUAAUGGUAUUAAGUAUCACACUCUUUCGGACUAGUGGUUUUCGUGAGCUUUAUAACUAUCGGAGAACGAACAGAGAUUAUUGGGCAAUAUGGGCAAAACAAUUAGGAGCAUCGAUUCAACUUAUUCCUAUCUUGAUCAUUCCAGCAGUCGCAAUUAUCCAAACCUGUCGGUAUCUAAAUAACGGUCCACCUGAUAUAUUUGAUAGGAUUCAACUUCUCUAUCGACCCAAUUUGGAGCCAGAAAAUCCACAGCGGACUCAAGCACAGUUAAGAAAUAAUACAAGCACAAAUGUCCACAGCAAUGGUAUAUUACCAACCACGUCAGAUGUUCCCUUUGAAGACCCUCCUCCUAAGUAUACGCCUCCACCGAGCUAUACGACAGCAACAGGAGCACGAAUUGCCAAGAUGUUAAGACAAAGCUUUCGUAGGAGUGUAAGAAGGAUAGCAUCAGUUUUAGGUGAAAGUAGUGUGCCACGUACGAGACCAGCUCUUCAACCUCCUCCGCCUGAUUAUGCAGCAGUUUUAGUAGAAAUGAAUCAGUCUAUUCUUUCAAGAGACAUAACGGUACAUACGAUUGAACCAAGACCGGAUGUGACGGACGUUGGCAUUAGUAUGAAUGAAAGACUGAGGCCAAAUACUUUAGACAGAAUGACACGAAUAAAUACUUUAGAUAGAUGUCCUGUAGCAAGAACACAUUCUACAAUUGAUCGAAAUCGAAGGUCACAAAAUAGUGGGUCAUCUAAUUUAACAGCUGCUGAUGUCGCUAAUUUACUUAGAAGUAGUAUACGAAGAGGAACUGCAAGAACACAACAAAACCUUCGAAGGAAUUCAUUACAUAAUUUACCUCCAACAGCAGCUUCCAUUGAAAAUCUUGUUAGCGCCGCUGCACCUAUCAGUGAAGACUCAUUAGUUUUUGCUAAAAAUGUACCUCUAGUCCCCGAGCAGGAUAAUGACGAUAAUGAUGACGAAGAUAAAAAGACUGUUGAAAUGGACAACUCCGUGUCUGUGAUAUAAGACUCGCAACAAUUAAUUUUUUUUUUAAUUUAAUUUGUUUUUUAAAAAAUUUCUCGGAAAAGGUUGGAGUAAAUGCAUAAUUCACUUUAUUUUGUUAAUAUUUGAAAAUUAAACAUAACUUUGGUUUAUGUUAAGUACACUCUCCGAUCGAUUGUUUAUUCUAUAACAGUGAAGCACAAAGGCAAUUUUACUUUGAACUAUAUUUAAUAAAUAUGUAAGAAUUUAAAAUAAUAGUAAAGUAAUACUUUUAGUAAUGCGUUGUAUUUAUAUAACGGUAAUGUAAAUGUGUUCAAAAGCAUUUUUUAAUAAUUCUAUGUAAUAUAAACACAAUAAUUUUAUGCUCUAUUUGUUAAAAGUAAGACCCAUUGUAAAUAAAUGUAAAAUUUUCAUGAAAUCAAAAAAGUAUUUUCACUCAUUAAGUAUAUAAUCAGUUUGAGUGGUUAUGAGAUCUGAUUGUAAAAAUCAUUCUAUCCGUCCAAAAAAAACGUUUGCACAGUUUUAUUAUAUUUUAAAAUGUCUUAAUUUUAACUUAAAUAUGAAACAACUUAAUGUGCGAAUAAAGAAAAAUUUUAUAAUUUCAUAUAAGUUAAAUUGGAAUUUUUAAUUUUAAUUUAAAAUAAAUAAAUAAAAACAUUUAGAUGUACAUUGAAUUCUCUUCAUAUUGAAAAGCAUUCCUGGAAAACUUACUCUGUGUGAAUUCCCUAUUUUUUUUUAUAAAAAUAAAACAAUUAAUUACUACUUAUUUGAUAAGAAACUUCAGAAUAUCAAUAAUCUUUUAAUGCAUUCUAUAAA